AUGCUAGAAAGGGAUAUUAAGAUCGCCAAGUCCAUGGCAAAUGACAUAAUCAUCCCAAACCCUGCUCCCAAGUUGGUGGGUGAUGCCUUCUUGGACAUAUAUUCCAAAUUGGAGCACAUCCUUGUAAAGGAUAGUGUCCGGUGCUUCCUCCGAUUUUUCGAGAACUGUGAAGGCCAGGGCAUGUCAUCUUAUCUUACCAUCACCACACAAACCUUAACCUUCAUUGUCAGUUUCAAUGCCCUGCGAUGUGCAAAAGUCGUAUUGGAGGGCAUGGCACCUGAGCUCUAUGGGAUGCACGCCAAUCCCAACUGCAUAAACAAAUAUGGAUACUUCGUGCUCCAUGAAGCUGCUGAAAGGUUCUCUGUUGACAUGAUCAAGCUGCUUUUACGCCAUGGUGCAUCAGCCAAUGUGCGCACAGUUGGCAAUGAUGUCAUUGAGAAUCUACUCCCGCUCCAUGUCGCAGUUGAGAAUACUUGUCUGCAUAAGUAUCUAGAGGACAAUCUGGAGUACAAUCUUUCUCGCAGCCAGAAUCAUCUGGAUUAUGUCUACAAGCUUAUUCAUCUACUGUGUCUACCUGAAAUGAAGAUCUUCUUGGACACAACUAGACUGCUUGCAGAGAAAACAAAUAAUGUACUUCAAGAGCUCUGCAAUUACAUUGAGGAUGAAAAAAUCAUCCAGUCUGCUGUUCUACUACUGGCUGCUCAAGAGCAGAUCCGUGGGGGCAGUUCUUCCAAGAUAAAUGGCAGUAGUAAGAAAAAUGGGUUUGACCUUGUCAGUAACUGUAUAAUGAGGCUUUCAUUUUCCUUGAGAUGGGAGAAAGGUUCACAUGGAAUGGCACCGGAGCUUCUGGAGGAAAGGAAGGCACUUACUGAUUGCGCAUGGCUGCUUGUUGAUGUAAUUUCCUAUGCCGGUGAAAAUCUGUCUGCAUACAUUCAAGCACAUUCUGAGGUGCCCAAUGUGGAGGUCUUUCAACACGUUUCAUCUAUCCUCAAGGAGUAUGGAUUUUGCCCCACUGGAGAUCCCAUGGACGCUGUAAACCUCCAGCCUUAUGACUGCAGAAAGUCAAAUGGAGAGUCAUGCAAAGGGCUUACAGAUGCAAACAUGGCAGUUAUGGAAUCGGCCAAUCUGGAUGCUGCAGAGGAGAAGGCUGUGAGAAAGAAAGCAGGCGGAGGAUGGGAUCCCACAUAUACAAAGAGAAGUUUCUUCCCAUACUGGAGAUCAGUGUUACAAGAUCGGGUUCCUUUGAAGGUGUAUCCAGCCUAUGCAAGCUCAGGUCUAUCACUGAGUAACUCAAUAGUCAAUGGAUCUACUCAAACUCCAAAUCAUAAACUUGGUCCAGUCCGGAGAAUCUCGCCACUUACAAGCAAUAAUCAACCGAGAAGGUGCUUUAUAAUGGCUGCUAGUGGUGUAAUCAGGCUCUUGAAAGUGCUAAAGUAG